UGAUCGAGCAGCUACCCAUGGAUCUGCGCGACAGGUUCACCGAGAUGCGCGAGAUGGAUCUGCAGGUGCAGAGACCGCUGCCUUUUGGACUCCCUUGACCACUGGUUGCCUAUAGGGCUUCUAUGACAGGAUACCACAGAGAGGUCUCUGCCCAUGAUUUGGUCUUUUUUUGGCAUAGUACUUCACAAAGCCUCUGCUUUCUCUGUGACAAAUCUAUGAAGCAUCGUGCUUUAAAUAAUUUUACUUUGAUUUACAAUAUGUUGUCUGAUUCCUCAGAAAGGGAGGAAGACAACUCAGUAGCAUCAGAAUACAUCCUUGAGACAGUCUGUAAUGGAUGAGUAAGUUAACUGGUUUGGGCAUGCAGUGUAGAUGUGUUUAAAUCUGUUUGCAGAUGUAACCCAGUUAAUUCAAGUAUGGUGGGGAACAUCACCUUGAGGCAAAACCCUGAAGAUUUUUUAAGUUUAGCAAUAGGUCAUACCAUAGACUUUUGAAGUAAAAGCCUGAGCCAGUUUUGAUCUGUGAGCAUUGGGACUUCAUGUUGCCUGGUGAGUCUAGUUGGUCAGUUUCACAGUCGGUGUUGAAGCAUGCUGAACCAGCCCUCUAAAACCAGGGACUCUGAGCUGUGUCGCAGCCUUAGUGGUCUCUAGGCUUCAUGGCUUGAAGUCAUUGGUAUGAAUUAUGGCGUGUUAAUUAAAGCAUUGCUUCUCCUUAAAAUGUCAAUAGGUGGCACCAAAAGAAAACCAGCAGCCCUUUGACUUGGGCAGCUUCAAACUGAGACCACAAAUGUCUUUCUCCCAUUCAUGGUCUGGUGCUGCUUUGGAAGCUGGUGAACCUCUUCACACAGUUAGUGCAUUUUUAUACCAAGAUCAGCCUCAGUGUUCUGGGAGUCAACAGAAAAAAGUUUGACCCAGACCUUGGUUACCCCAGUGAUUCUUGUGCAGUUGGUGUCAAAGCUUCCCAAAGCAUUGUAGAAAUUCCAGGCACUCUUCUUCUCUGUUCCAGUCCAGCUGCUUGUGAUAAUAGCUGCUAGUUGGACAUCACAGAUGGACCAGAGGACUGUUGGGAUGUGGCAAGACAGUGACUCAAUGCUAGGGUCCCACAUUCUCAAAACUUUUAAAACUACUGUGUAAGUCAGCUGACUUGAGUUGGUGCUGGUUUAGAAAUUUACAAGAGCCACAACUGAGACAUACCUGGGCCAGGACCCCCCUUCUGUUAGAGUUAAAAUUACUCUGGCACCAUAUCUUUUACCUGGGGGACUGAGGACCUCUCAUUACUCGGUAGUUAUGGAAAAAGUAUAACAUCGCUGGCUGUUUCGCCCAUCACCCCAUGUGAGGCAGUCAUGGCCAGAGCAAAGAACAGCUGAAUGGUGACCAGGCUUCUGAGCCUCAGCAUGGGAAUUUGUUCAAGUGAAGUGUUUAAAGUCUUUAACUUCAGUCCUUGAAGUCAUGGAUUACCAAGCCUAUAUAGCCAAAGGCUAAUGUCUGGAAAAUGCCUCAGCCCUGGUAGAAUCCUUUACCCAGGAGAAGCACCAUAACCUUUAAAAAGUUGACCCAUAAGGGUUGCUAUCAGAGGAUGGAGAAAAAGUUGGAGGAUGUAUCCUGUACCAGACCUCUUUGAGGACUUAAGAAGUCAAAGGAUGGAAAGGCCACCAUUCAUUCUCUUGGGCCACCUCCCACAAAGGAGGGAAGGGAAAACCUCCGUUUCAAAAGCAACCUUCUAUAACCAUGACGGAUAUCAAGGGAACUUGGUUUCACAGUGAACAUCAGCUGAGGCCAAAAGAUACUAAACAAGCAAAAAAGUUGGCUUUUUUAAUGGUUCUGGAGUAUUUAGAUAGCUGGUCACUUUAUUCCUUUGAAUACAUUUAUUGUCUUGGUGAGAAAGAGAGAAUAAGACCUUUGGGCAUAUUGGUCACGAGCCAUUGUUGUCUGGGCUGUAAGACUAGAUUUUCAAAAGCCCUUAAUAUAUAGUGGCAUAUUGUCUCACUGGCAUCUUGAAAACCAUUUCCCCAAAGGAUUUAAAAAGCAAGUGGAAAUUGUUUGGUAUACACAGACAUGCAUAGAUCCCUUGAUUUGCCCUGCACAGAAACUACUUGACUACAUUUUUCUUCGAUUUGAGUUCAGUUAAAGGCUUAUUCAGUCUUGGGUCUAUGUGUUAGCUUUUUCAGAUAAACUGCUGUCUCUGCAGCCGCUUGUCAGGUUCUUGUAGAGCUUGACACUCUUCGGGAUCUCUUUAAGCUAGGUCUGAAAAAAACUGAUGACGUUUCCUCUUGAGCCAUUUAGUACAUAUGAGUCCAGUUUAAUUAUAUGAAAGUUGACUUUCAUGUUGGUUGUGACAUCAUGCUUUAGUUGACUAGAAUUUUAGAAGAUUGUGCUAUAGACUCAUGUGAGACCCCUUUCUGAGGUGUUGUCAGAGUUCUAUACUGGUGAGCCUCUCAUCUUUCCAGCACUAUUUCCAGGGCUCGUGCCCAUCUUUGUGAGACUCUUUCCCAUAUGCUGGAUGCCAAAAGAUCUCUCGGGGGGUUUACAUGGAGUGACUAAAUCCCUUAGAAAGCCAGUUCUGCUUCAUAUUUUAUUUGACUCUAUUUUCUGCACAAUCCAGCAAUUGGAGCUGUGAGAUCGUAUUUUGCAAGUGGCUGGCCUGAAACUGGAAGUGUGUGGCCACGGUUCAUGUUGUUGAGGCAGGGUGACCUCAGCUGUCGCACCUGAAAAUGUUUCUGUCUCAGAUCAUGUGCAAAGUAGUCACAUUGUCCUUGUUCCAUACAUUUUACCAAAUGCUGUAACUUGGAUUUGGCCUUUCGGUCUCUCGGUCUUGCAGAAUCUAAUUCCAAAAUAAGGAAACCUGAACUUUUUCUUGCCCUCUUGAUAUUUUUUUGGGGUAUGUGUUGGUGAGGGGGGGGCUGUCCCCUAUUUCAGCUGAUCAAAUGCUUUUGAAAGCUUUUGCUUGUUUAAACACUACCUCGGGCUGAAGUAUUAAACUUGAUGCUUUUGGAAUAUUUCCAUUCCUUGUUUUAAUAAAUAAACCAAACAAGGCAUUUUCCUUGUCCAUUUUGGUGGCUGUGGAUUUAGUGGCUUUAGUUUUUCCUUUUAUGACUUCUCUCAAGCUGUAGAUGUCACAAGUCCGAAUCCUUCCUCGGGUGGUAUCUGGCAAGAAUGAGGAAUUACUUCAGAAUUCUACUUCAUUGAGGAUACCAUUCUGGCAGGACUUUCACAUAGUUUCCCACUCCCUCACAUAGUUGGAGAAGAACUUGAUUUGAAGGUGGUGGUUUUUUCUCUUCUCUGUCUAUUGCUCUACUUUUUUAAGGCACUAAUUUUUAAAUUAUUUGGUUUUGUAUCUGACUUUAUUUCUUAGGAGGAUACUUUGGUUCCUGCUCAAAUUGUAAUUGGCUGGAAAGUUCCAAAGUCAGCAGUUUAAAGCUGGGUGAGGAGUUUGGGGCUUGUUUCAGCUUGCUGCCACUGGUCUUAGGGACAAAAAAAACCUUUAAAACUUGGAGCCCUGCUUGUCUCAUGCUCGAGAGCACAAUAUCCUGGAGUGAGAAUCCUACCCAAAUGACUUCCAAGAAGCAGAAUUGCAAGAUGCAAUGGAUCAGCUGGAACAAAGAGUAAAUGAAUUUUUUAUGAAUGCAAAGAAAAACAAACCUGAAUGGAGAGAAGAGCAAAUGACGUCAAUCAAAAAGGAUUACUAUAAAGCUUUGGAAGAUGCAGAUGAGAAAGUACAAUUGGCAAAUCAGAUUUAUGACUUGGUAGACCGGCACUUGAGAAAGUUGGACCAAGAACUAGCUAAAUUUAAAAUGGAACUUGAGGCAGAUAAUGCUGGGAUUACAGAAAUACUAGAAAGACGUUCUCUGGAACUGGAUACACCAUCACAGCCAGUGAAUAACCAUCAUGCCCAUUCACACACUCCAGUAGAGAAAAGAAAGCAUAAUCCAUCUUCUCACCAUAGUACAACAGAUCAUGUUCCUGAAAAGAAGUUUAAAUCUGAAGCUCUUUUGUCUACUCUCACUUCAGAUGCCUCUAAAGAAAAUACACCAGGGUGUCGAAACAGUAAUUCAUCAUCCUCUUCCAACAAUGCAUACAGUGCAAACUCUUCUCAGCCACUGGCAUCAUAUAACCUGGGCUCAUUAUCUUCAGGAUCUGGAGCUGGUGCUAUUACCAUGGCAGCAGCUCAAGCAGUGCAAGCCACAGCACAGAUGAAGGAAGGAAGAAGAACGUCUAGCUUAAAAGCCAGCUAUGAAGCCUUUAAGAACAAUGACUUUCAACUUGGGAGAGAAUUUUCAUUAUCCAGAGACUCAACUGGAUAUUCAUCAUCAGCUCUGGCAUCUACAUUAACACAAACGUUAAGUUCAUCAACCACAGAUUCACGGAGUGGUCGAAAAAGCAAAAACAACAACAAGUCUUCAAGCCAGCAGUCCUCAUCAUCGUCGUCAUCUUCAUCUCUGUCAUCGUGUUCUUCAUCGUCUGCUUUAGCACAAGAACUAUCUCAGCAAACAGCAGCAAUACCAGAGUCUGAUUCUAACAACCAAGUUGAUUGGACCUAUGAUCCCAAUGAGCCACGUUACUGCAUUUGUAAUCAGGUGUCCUAUGGUGAAAUGGUGGGCUGCGAUAACCAAGAUUGUCCAAUAGAGUGGUUCCAUUAUGGCUGUGUUGGAUUGACAGAGGCACCAAAAGGGAAAUGGUACUGUCCACAGUGUACUGCUGCAAUGAAGAGAAGAGGCAGUAGACAUAAAUAAGUUUUUUCAUUUGGAAAACAAAGGACAUCCUAAAGAUUUUAUAGCAGACUUUAACAAAUCACAUUUUGCAACCACUUAAAGAAGGAUUAAUAUAGCAAUCAUAAAAUCUUGAACUAUUAGUUUUGCUAGUUGUGUUUUAAUAUUGUAAGUAAAUUAUUUAUGCACUACUGAUGUGCUAUAAAUAUUAUUCCUGUUAGCCUUGGAUUCUUCCAGUGGCCAGCAUAUGCAGACAUUUGUACUCUCAAACCAUUUUCUCAGAGCAGUGGGCAUUCUACAAUAAUUCAGUCUUCAAAGAAUUCUAACAAGAGAAGAUUUUAAAUGUAUGUUUUAUAUUCAACAGGCAUAUUCUGCUGCAUGUACUGUACUCAAGAGCUGUUAUAUAACAGUAUGUAUAUAAAUGGUGCAAAAAGUCAGUGUAUCUAAAAAUAAUAUAAGGCAGUUGUUUUUAUAAUGCCUUUAUAGCUUUGUUUCUUUGUGAAACUAAAUUCAGCAGGCUGAAGAAAAUGGUUCUUGUAUAAAGCGGGCUGGUGUCCUCUAGAGUACUUGGGUACAUAAAAACAAACUCCUGUAGAGUAAAAACAAAUUUGUGCCAUUAGUCUUUAUAUGUCUCUGCACCGAACAGGGUGCAGAUCAUAAGAAAAAGGGUGUUAAAGUGAUAAAUUUUUUAUACCAAAUGUGUUUAUUUUUUUGUGCAAGUAAUCCUUUAAAUUGGAAUUGUAUUAGGUGUUAAAAUUAAAAAAAAAAAAACCAAGAAACUCAGAUGUUGAUAUUGAUGCUUUGCAUACUUUGUUGGAAAAGAAUAAAACCUCAGAAUUAAUGUCACUCUCA